AUGGAGCAACCAUCGAUCCAGUAUGCUGAGCUUCCCAAGUUUGAGUACCAUCAGACACCCGAGCGUCACUACCAGACCUUCGACCGUCAAACCAUGCAAUUUCAUUAUUAUUCUGUUGCUGCUACCUCGUCCAAUGAUGGUCUGACGCCCCCCAAGGAUCAGGAAAACAACAAUAGUAGCCCCGUCGAAGGCCAACCGUCCGACAGUCCCCAGGAAGAAGAAUCUGUUAGCUCCACUACUGAUAGCUCAGCAACCCCGGAGUCUGGAGAGACGUCUGAAACAAGCACACCACCAUCCGAGCCCGCUGAACCUGCUGAACCUGCUGCUGCUGCCAACGAUACCGACGCGGCAUCCAAAGAGGAAAGUGAAGCACCUGCUCCGGCGCCAGAUGUCUCUGCAACGGAUGAAGCCGAUAGCACACCAGCAGGUGAAGACGCCAGUCCGGCAGAAGAUGUACCCAAAGAUAUAGAGCCAGAGCCCGCCGCCGAAGCCCCCGCAGAAACUGCCGCCGAAUCCGCAGCCUCAGAUGCAGCCGACAGUCCACCAGCACCCGCAGAAGGGUCCGUUGAGCCUUCCCCAACUUCUGAGGAAGACUUCCCUGACUGCGAUCCCUCUGCCGAAGAAGGCAAAGUCGAGGCCGAAAAGCAAGCAGCUGAAGCUACCACAGCGGAAGAAUACACACCACCAGCCGGUACAGAACACCUCGUUGAUCUGAACAUUGAGAUUGUUGACUUCGAUGCGACGACUGACCCCUAUAUAGACGGCUCAUCGACAGAAGAGGCCCCAUCCAAUUCGAUUGCUGAUAGUCCCGGUAGCGACGAUGCAGGUACGAACGAUAGCAGUGAGGUGAAUACUGACACCACAGCUGCUACGGAAGCUGAAUCGGAGGAUGGACUGAAGGAGGUUGGGGAGACUCAGCCUGAGGCUGCCCCUGCUGCGGCUGAGGGGGACGGAGCAGCGCCUGCGGUUGAGAACGCUGACACCGCAGCCCCUGAAGCUGAUGCAGUAGGGACUCCGGAGGAGCACGGAGCCGAGCCCGCCAAGGAAGAAGCGCCGGAGGCUGCUGAUAAGGCAAUGGAAGAAUCGCCAGCAGAGACUAAAGAGGAGGGAACAGCAGAUGCGGCGGCUGCCCAAUCUGAGGAAGAAGCGACAAAGGCGGAAGAGCCUGCUCCAACUGAGGCGGUCGCCACCGAAACAAGCGAUCCCGUUCCGGAAGGGACCGAGCCGCCUGCACCAGUCGAAGAAGCUGCGGCAGAGGCGGAUUUAGGGACCCCGGGUCCUGAUGAUGCGCCCAAAGAAACUGCUCCAGGGAACAAUGCUGAGGGAACGAGCGCAGGCGAAGAAAGCCCCAAGGACCCUGCCAUAGAGACUCCAGCCGAUGGGCCUGCUGCAGAAGCGGCAAACGCCACUCACGACGAAGCACCAGCCACACCUGAAGCAGCCCCCGAAGCUACGGAACCGGCAGUCGAUGAAACACCAAGUGCAGAAACAGCAGUCGCAGCGUCAGCAGUCGACACGCCGGCUGCGGAAGCACCUACCGAAGCGGAAGCCGCGGCUGAAGCUUCAGCUGCGGAGACUCCUCAAGAUGAAGCUAAAGAGGAGCCUGCUGUCGAGAAACUCGCUACAGUCGAAGAAGUGACUGGUGAAGAUGCUGCACCCGUGGAAGAUAAGGCUAUAGCAGAAGAGCCAGCAGCAGAAGUUUCUGCCCCUGCUGAAGAGCCUGCCCCUGCUGAAGAGCCUGCCCCUGCUGAAGAGCCUGCCCCUGCUGAAGAGCCUGCUGUUAAGGAGCCCGCUGCUGCUGAAGAAACCGCAGCUGCUGUGGAGCCUGCUGCUGUUGAGGAGCCCGCUGCUGCUGAAGAAACCACAGCUGCUGUGGAGCCUGCUGCUGUUGAGGAGCCCGCUGCUGCUGAAGAAACCACAGCUGCUGAGGAGCCUGCUGCUGUUGAGGAGCCCGCUGCUGCUGAAAAACCCACAGCUGCUGAGGAGCCCGCUGCUGCUGAGGAGCCCGCUGUUGUUGGGGAGCCCGCUACUGCUGAAGAACCCACGGCUGCUGAGGAGCCCGCCGCAGCAGAGGAGGCUGCCGCUGAGGAGACUGCCAGCAAAGAGCUCGCUCUUGCUGGAGAGCCCGCUGCGGAGGAAGCUGCUGCUGAUGAGGCUGCCGGUAAAGAACUCGUUCUUGCUGAAGCUCCUACGGAGGAAGCACCUGCUGCGGAUGAAGCCCUUGCUGACGAAGCUGCUGGUAAAGAACUCAUUCUUGCUCAAGCUCCUGCUACGGAGGCCGCCCCUGCUGCGGAGGACGCCCCUGCUGCGGAGGAAGCCCCUGCUGCGGAGGAAGCCCCUGCUGCGGAGGAAGCCCCUGCUGCGGAGGAAGCCCCUGCUGCGGAAGAAGCCCCUGCUGCGGAGGAAGCCCCUGCUGUAGAGGCCCCUGCUGCUGAAGAACUUCCUUCCGAAGAAACUCCUGUCGAAGAAGCCGCCGCCGCUGAGGAGGUUGCCCCGGAGGAACCACCUGCUGUCGAGGAGGCUGCACCGAAAGAUAGCGCACCUGUCGAUGAACCUAUCGUCGUUGAAGAAGCCGUCGCCGAGGAAGUUAUUGAGGAAGCUGCUGUUGAGGUUGAGGAAGCUAUCGUUGAUGAAGUCGAGGUAGAGGAAGUUGUCGAGGAGGCUGCGCCUGAAGAGAUCGCUGCCGAGGUGCCUGCCUCUGGCGAAGAGCCCGCCGUGGAGGAAGUUAUUCCUGCUGAGGAGCCCGUUGACGAGCCUGCGGUGGGGGAGGAAUCCGCACCUGUUGAGGAGCCUGUCAUUGUAGAAGUCAGUCCUGCAGAAGAUGCAUCUCACGAGCCUCCUCAUGUGGAAGAAUCAGCGAUCGAAGAAGCCGCUUCUGCUGAUAAGCCUAUACCAGACGACGCGGCCGCGCCCACGGAAAGACCUGCGCCUGCGCCUGUUGAGGACUCUGCGCACAUUGAAGAAAGGGCUCCAGUGGAACCCGAUCUAGUCGAACGCUCUCCCUCCGAGCCUGAGCUUGUUGAGCGUUCUCCAGCCGAGAUACCCACCCCUGUCGAGGAGUCUGCUGCCGAUGAGCUCAUAUCAGUUGAACCAAGCGCCGAAAGAGAAAUUUCAGAAGAAGCUAUAGCUUCGGAUCCUCCGGAUGACCUCGACUCUGCAGAUCAUGACAAUAAUGCCCUGGCUGCAGCUGGCGCGGCUGCGGCAGGCGCAGGGCUGGCAGCAGCAGCAGUCCACAAUUCACGAAGAAAGAAGAAGAGAUCCCCUGAAGUAGAUCGUGACCGUGACCGCUCCAAGAGCUCCUCCGAAGGACAUCGAUCAGUGCAGCGACAAAAUAGUCGACGCGGUAGCGGCCUUACAGGCCGCUGGGCAGAAUCAAUGAAAGAGUCCAGACGACAGCAUGAAGAGAAGGCAAAACAGAAAGCACUCCUGGCCGAAAAGGCUGAAAAGGCCGAGAUAGAGCGUCGUACCUAUGAGCGCGAGCGUGCCAGGCGCUCCGAACGCGAACGUCCUGAGCGAGCCGAAAAAUCAGAACGGACCGAACGACAUGAACGAACCGUACGGACCGAACGGCCUGAACGAUCCGAACGUGCUGAGCGAGCUGAAAGGGCUGCAAGAGCCGAAAGGGAGAAGAUUGAGAGGGAGAGGGUUGAGAGAGAGAGGUUCGAGAUGGAGAGAGCCGAGGCAGAGAGGGCUGAGAGAGCCGAGCGUCACGAACGCUUAGAAAGAUCUGAACGGCGUAUGACCGAGCAAGACGGUAGCUCCAGUCGACCGCGACACCGCAGCUCCGCCCACUCCGGAAGCUAUGAGGGCGAGCGGAAGAGCAGCUCCUCUUCGCGUGUCAUCCCGGAAUCCACCACAGCGAAGCCUCGCUUCUUCCUCAAGUAUAUGGCUGAGGGCCACUCGGACAACCGACCGCCUCUGACGGUCAACGCCGCCAAAGCGACAGCCAACGUCUACGACCGCUCGCGACGCCCUUCGACCACCCAUUCGCACAGCCAUCGUUCCUCGCAGGAAGGCAAGAGCACGAGCGAGCGGUCCACCGAAUCUCGCCGCGACGACGAAGAUGAUCGCGCCCGCCGUGAAGCCCGCCGCGCCCGUAAGCUGGCCGAACAGGCCGAGGCCGAGGCGGCGGCGGCAGCGGCAGUGCAAGCCAGAGAAGAGCCCGUUGAACAUCGUCAUCGCCGUAGUGGCGGCGAGCAGCGCGAUAGCACCGAGUCCCGUCAUCGUCACCACCGCCAUCGUCGUGAUCCCACCCCGCCUCCGAGCGGAGCCUCCAAGAUGAAAGGCUUCUUCAAGGCUGCAGUUGCUGCCCAUUGA